GGAUCACGGCUCGACCCCGUUAUAGAUCGCACCGAUCCGAUCAAAAAUUUUUUGCUUCAAUUUUCAAGUAAUGAUGUUAAACUAACUUCAUUUUUUGAGGAAGCCUCGUUACGAUUGGCACGGAUUGAUCCAAAUAUAGAAAACCCGAUCACCCAGUCGGCAAGGGAUCACCGCCCGACCUU